AUGUCUUUCAGCAACGCGGACACCGGCUCAAAGCCAGAAGACCCUUACAAGGAGAAGAAUCGCGAGGAGACGUCCGUGAAGGAGAAGAUCGAGGACCUCGCCACCUUCGUCGACAAGCACAAGUUCUGCAUGAUGACGACGCGGAUAGCCGACAGCGGGCUUCUCGCCAGCAGGUGCAUGGGUGUCGCCGCGAAGGAAGAUAACAACACGACCUUCCUCUUCCACUCCAACACCGAGUCCGGCAAGACCGACGACCUCGACUCCGACAACGACGUCAACCUCGCCUUCCUGGACCCCAGCGGCCAAUGGGCCUCCAUCAGCGGCCGCAGUUCCAUCGACACCGACCGCGAGACAGUUCGCAAGUAUUACCGGCCGGACCUCAAGGCCUGGAUCGGGGACCUCGGCGACGGUAAACACGACGGCGGCCCGGAGGACCCGCGCAUCUGUGUCAUCAGGGUCAAGGCGGUCACGGCGCAGUAUGCCAUCAACAACCGGACGCAGGUUGGCCAGAUGGUGGAGGUUGCAAAGGGAAUUGUCACGGGUGACUCGCCGAGCGUCAACAAGCUGAGGUAUCUGAGCGAGGAGGAGAUCGAGCAGUGUGCGUAUCCCCUUGCGGUGUUUUGA